UAUGUAUCUGCAGUAUUAAUACCAGGAUUUUAUUUCGAUAAGUGGAGAGCACUUGCAACGGGUAUAGCUGUGUGCGGAUCUGGGAUAGGUACAUUUGUACUUGCACCGUUAAAUGCGCUUUUGGUAGAGCACUAUGGUUGGCGAGUUACCAUCAUGGUCCAAGCAGGUCUCGCAUUGAGUUGCGCUGCCGCUGGGAUACUUUUCCGUCCAUUGAAACCCACCAUUGUGGAAGUGCCGACAAUCAAUCCAGUUGUAAUGGAACCCAAGUUACCCGAAGACGAGCCACUGUUAACGAARAACCUCACUGCCGAGAGAAAGAUGUCGCUGGACAGCAAACACAACGCCGUCAAAACCGGAGCUCCGACGGCCGAAGAAAUUUACAACCACCUGUCAGGUCGCCUGACACCAGAACCUCGGCCCACAAGCAUAUCAUGUCAUUCGCUCAACACCCACAAUCAGUACCUGAAGAAUAAAUUGUCAACCGACUUACCGGAAAAGAAAUUAUCUGCCGUCAGUUUGAGGAGGCCGUCCGUAUCCGCGCAUUUAAUGGAUAGGGACGACCGAUUUUUCGGGGGAAGUCUGUCCAGACUGCCGCAGUAUUCGUCGCAGGUGAGCUCGUUGAACUACGCAAUGUCGGUGACGAGAAUACCAGCCUGGAACGAUGCCGAGGAGCGGGAUGACGAGGAGCCUUGUUCGAAGAAUAAUUCGUUCCGAAGAAACAUGAAGAAGUAUUACAAAUCGGCUAUGCACACGCUCACGACGAUGUUGGACUUUUCUAUUCURUCCUCUCCGUCCUUUUGCGUGUUGACGUGCAGUGGUUUUUUGACGCUGUUGGGAUUCUUUGUACCAUUCGUGUACAUUAGUGAAAAAGCCAUCAGUAUGGGCAUGGACAAAAACGUAGCCGUAUGGCUGGUGUCCACGACUGGUCUGACGAACACUUUCGGGAGAGUAAUUUGUGGUUGGAUAUCCAGUUACGAAUCCAUAGAUCCGAUCCUGGUGAACAACGUGUCUCUCACAUUUGGAGGGCUCUAUACCGUUUUGCUGCCGUUUCUCCCGUACUCGGUGUUCUCAUACUACUUGUACGCAUCGCUGUUCGGAUUUUCUAUGGCUUGUUUCGCGUCUUUGAGAUCGACCAUGAUAGUCGAACUGACUGGUCUCGAACUGCUUACGAACGCUUUCGGUGUCCUGUUGAUGUUCCAAGGAGUUGCAGCUGCCGUUGGAUCUCCGUUAUUGGGGCUAUUUAAAGAUUGGACUGGAACUUAUGAUAUGUCGUUUUAUUUGUCCGGCAUAAUAUUAACCAUGUCGGCGGUCAUCUGCUACCCGCUUAGAAGAAUCAAAAAAUGGGAAGUCGACCGAAAACUGAGGCGACCCAAUAGCGUUUGAUUACUACAGCACAUAUAUAUUACUUUGAGGAGAAAAAUCAAAUUUGACUCUUACCUGCCAUAUAGUUUUUAUUUGUCGAUCGCGACGAUACUAUAUAUAAUAUUAUGAUAUCCGUCUCGAGGGUGUUUCAAGUGCUCAUUAUUAUAUAAUAUUAAAACGAAUAGGAACGUGUGUUUAUUGUGUCUUCUGAUCACAAUACUUUUUGUAUACGCAUUACAGUUCGUAUAGAUUUAAUCAUCGCGACGAUAUAYCAUAAUAUAAUAUAAAUAUUAUAUGUAUUGUUGUCUUGUAAAAUAUGACUAAAUAUUAUUGUAAUUGUAAUA